AUGAAUCACCUUCCCGAAGUCUGGGGUAGACCCAGAAACGAUGUCUACGGUGCCUAUGAUCACUCCUAUCUGCAAGGCUCUCAUCCGAUGCAGCACACUCAACAGCCGAUCGUCACCGGUACUAGUGUAAUCGCACUCAAGUUCAAUGGCGGGGUCGUAAUCGCUGCUGAUAAUCUCGCUUCCUAUGGCUCCCUCGCGCGUUUCACCGACGUUGAGCGUCUGAAGCAGGUCGGGACACAUACAGUCGUUGGUGCCGGCGGUGACAUAUCGGACAUGCAGCACCUGUACGAGAAGCUUUUAGACUCGCUGAUCAUCAAGGAGGAGUACCAGAACGAUGGACACAGCCUUCGUGCGAGCCACAUAUACAGGUACCUGAGUCGGGUAUUGUACCAUCGCCGUUGCAAAUUUGAUCCUCUCUGGAACACGAUCCUUGUGGCGGGGUGGGAUGAUGGGAAACCGUUCCUUGCAUCUGCUGAUCUUCUCGGCACUACCUUCUCUUCUCCUGCGCUUGCUACCGGGUUUGGUGCGCAUCUUGCGGUUCCGCUUCUUCGCCGUGUAUGCCCCGACGAAAAUGCUGUUAAGAGCCUCACGAAGGAGAAGGCGAUCGAAACUAUUGAGGAGUGCAUGAAGGUAUUGUUCUACCGUGAUGCCAGGUCAUUGAACAAAUAUUCGAUGGCUGUCAUCACCGGAGAGGGCGUGGAACAGGUUCCUUUGAGCGGUGAAGGGAAGGAGAAGGUACAUGUCGAGUGGAAGAAGGAUAUCACUUUGGAGAACCAGAGCUGGAAGUUCGCCGAGGGCAUCAGGGGCUACGGAGCGCAGACCGUUUAG